AUGUUGAGUGGGAAAGGUCAACCUUCCCUUUUUCUUGGUGGAAUUAUCGGCCCACAUGGAGGACAAGGAGGCCGUGGGCUUUCUACUGAGUCCAAAAGAAGGCGCCAACUUGAAGGGGUUGGUGGGCCUGAAUAUGUUGACAUGGAUGCGGAGGAUAGUGCUGAUAUGGAUGUUAAUGGACUCUCAAAAAACGAGUUCGAGGAUGUGUUGGAGCGAGUUCGAGCUAAGUUGAAGUUUGAAGGUAUGUUUGCGGUUGAUGCAUGUGGUAGGAGUGGGGGAGUUGUUUUACUAUGGAGGAAUAAGGAAGAAGUUAAAGUGUUGAACUAUGCCACAAAUUUUGUUGAUGUGGAGGUUCGGCCUAGUGAUGUUGGGGAGUGGCGUCUUAAGGGGUUCUAUGGGGAGUCUAAGAGAAGCUUGCGUGGGGCUUCUUGGGAGCAACUUUGGACGUUGGCUCAUGGAAACACUCUUCCUUUCACUUGGGAGAAAAGUCGUGGCACCGAUAACUGGAUAGAGGUUCGUUUAGAUCGUGCUUUGGUGACAGAAAGGUGGCUCCAACUGUUCCCAGGGGCUAAACUUAUUAAUCUUGAGGUAUCUUCUUCUGAUCAUUGUCCCAUUUUCCUUGAUAUGGUUUGGCGUAAUAUAGUUUCUGGGAGUCGCAAAUUUCAUUUUGAAAACUGUUGCCUUCGGGAACCUCUUUGUUAUCAGAAGGAGGUGAGGCGGUGGAAACAAGGUAGAGAUCCUGAUGCAAUUUCUAAAUAUAAGGAAGCUGAGACAGAACUUUUUGAAGUUCUCACUCAGAAGGAGGUGUUUUGGCGUCAACGAUCGAAACAAUUGUGGCUUCAGGAGGGGGAUAAGAAUAACAAAUUUUUUCAUGCAACAGCUUCUUCUCGGUGUCGUAUGAAUGCUAUUGAUAAACUCCAAUGCGAAGAUGGAAGUUGGGUUGACUGGGAAUCGGGUCUAUUAGAUGUCAUGUGUUCUUACUUCCAGAAGAAUCUGUUUACUAGUUCCAACUGUACUAUGGAUGAUGUUCUUGAUGGGAUUUCUGCUACUGUGACUUCAACUCCGAAUGACUCUCUCUUGCAACCCUUGACUGAUGAGGAAGUGAAAGAGGCUCUAUUUCAGAUGCACCUAGAUAAAUCCCCUGGGCCCGAUGGCAUGACUCCGGGUUCUUAUCAAAAGUGUUGGGCAAUUGUGGGUAAUGAUGUCAUCAAACAGGUCCGCUCUUUUUUCUUAUUUGGUCAGUUGCCUACUGGACUUAAUCAUACUAAUUUAGUGUUGAUUCCUAAGAAGAAAAAAGCCACUACUAUGGGUGACAUGCGCCUGAUUGCUCUUUGUAAUGUCCUCUACAAGGUGUGCUCCAAGGUUCUAGCUAAUCGGUUGAAGCAUGUUCUUCCUGCAGUCAUUUCAGAGAAUCAGAGUGCUUUCAUUCCUGGGCGUCUUAUAACUGAUAAUAUUAUGAUUUCGUUUGAGGUGAUGCAUUAUCUCAAGCGGAAAAGAGUUGGAAAGGAAGGUUAUAUGGCUCUUAAGCUUGAUAUGAGUAAAGCGUAUGACCGUGUUAAGUGGUUUUUUCUUAAGAAUAUAAUGCUAAAAAUGGGCUUUGAUGCGCGUGUGGUUGAUCUUAUUUUGCAUUGUGUCUCAACGGUUACAUACACUAUUACUCAUGGGGGUCGUGAGAUGGGGCCGAUUGUUCCUGGAAAGGGUAUUAGACAAGGUGAUCCGCUCUCUCCUUAUUUAUUUCUUUUGUGUGCUGAAGGAUUUUCUUCUCUUAUAAAAAGAUUUGAAGCUCGGGGAGCCCUUCAUGGUUGUCGUGUGUGUAAUGGUGCCCCCAUAAUUUCUCAUAUGUUGUUUGCGGAUGAUUGCUAUAUCUAUUGUAAGGCUAUUGAAAGGGAGGCUCGUAGUGUUCUUCUUCUGCUUCAACUAUUUGAACAAGCCUCAGGUCAGUGUGUUAAUUACUCAAAAUCUACUAUCUUCUUUAGCCUCAAUACAACUUCGGCCUCUAGACAAGAAAUGUGUAAUCUUCUUCGAAUGAAUGAAGCUCUUGAAAACAGUUUGUACCUUGGCCUUCCUUGUGUCAUGGGCCGUAAUAAGAAUGCUAUUCUUGGCUUCUUGAAGGAUAAGAUGCAGAAGAGAAUUCAGAGUUGGGAAGAUCGCUUGCUCUCAAAAGUGGGAAAAGAGGUAUUGAUCAAAACAGUUGCUCAAUCUCUUCCUACCUAUGCUAUGUCUGUUUUCUUGUUGCCGGUGGAAACUUGUAAUAAGUUAGAAGGUAUGAUGAGCAAAUAUUGGUGGAGUUUAGGAUCCAAUCAGAACCGUGGGGUAAGUUGGGUGAGUUGGAGGAAGUUGUGCCGCCAUAAGCAUCAUGGGGGGCUUGGCUUUCGACAUCUAAGGGAUUUCAACUUAGCCAUGUUGGGAAAACAAGCUUGGAGGUUAGUUACAAAUGAUCAUUCUCUUGUUAGUCGGGUUUAUAAGGCCCGAUAUUAUCCUCAGGGUUCUUUUUUGAGCGCUUCUCUUGGGCUGAAUCCUAGCUUCAUAUGGAAGAGUAUUUUUGAAACGCAAGCUUUGAUUAAGGAGGGAGCUCGUCCAGUGGUUGGUCCAGGUACGAACAUUAGUGUUCAAUUUGAUAUGUGGCUCGCGGAUGAUUCUCAACCGUGGGUUACUUCUAUUGCUAAUGGUGUGGAGACGUGGACGGAUAAUAAUCUCACGGUGGUAGGAGAACGGGCUUGGGAUCUAGAGGUGGUUUCGGAUAUAUUCAAUGACCGAGAUAAAGAGAUUAUCCUUCGAACCAACAUUGAUCAGGAGACUCCCAUUGACACUUGGUAUUGGCAUAAGGAUCUUCAUGGUUUUUAUACUGUGAGGGAGGCACAUCGAUUGAUGCACCAUUCAGAGAUCACUAAUACUAGUGAGUUUGAGAUUAAGAUAUGGAAAAUUGCAUGGAAGCUUCAUGCCCCCCCCCCCCCCAAAGUGCACCAACUCAUGUGGCGUGCUUUAUCUAGUUGUUUGGCUACUAAGGUUCAACUUACUACCAAACAUAUUCCUCUAGACCAAGUUUGUCCUAUGUGUAACCAGGGGCCUGAGACCAUUUUCCAUUUGUUGGUGCAAUGUUCUUUUGCAAGGUCUUGUUGGCAUCUUUCAGUUAUAAAUUGGAGUCAUACGCCUAUGGAGUCUUUUUGGGAUUGGUUUAGCCACAUUCUGCUACAACACUCAUCCACGGCCCAAGAAGAGUUGCUCAUGGUUCUUUGGGCGAUUUGGUUUGCCCGAAAUGAGGUGGUUUGGCGGGACAAAUCAAUGUCAGCGGCGGAGGUUAUUCUAUUGGCAAGAGUAGUCCUUAAUCAAUGGAGAAAUGCUCAACAAAGGAGAAUGGGGUCUUUACUUGUUCCUACGGGCUCAAGAAUGGACUUAGAGCAUUGGGUGAAACCGGUUAUGGGAAAGAUUAAGGUUAAUGUCGAUGGUGCAAUCUUUGCACGUGAUGGUCGAUUUGGAGCGGCAGGGGUGGCCCGGGAUUAUCAGGGUCGAUUCAUUGAAGGCUUCACAGUUUUACGAGUGGGGUGUGUGGAUUCGGCUAUGGCCGAACUGGCAGUCCAAAGCACGGUGGAUAUUCCUUCUCUUUUUGGCCUUCAGGUGGCGGCUUGUCGUUCUCUUAUGGCCGAUUUGUCGUUAGUCACAAUUAAUUUUGUUAAACAUUCUGUAAACAAAGCUGCACAUUGUCUUGCUCGUAGCUCUUGUUUGUAUCCAGAUCGUAUAUUUAACAAGGAUAAUGUUCCCGCUGAUUUUCUUUCUAUUAUAAUGGUUGAAUCUUCUUAUUAA